CUUUUUUUAGAAGAAAUAACCCUCACCGGAAAAAAAAAAAUUGAAGCUUUUACUUGAUGAUGACGAUGAUAUCUCUUCACCUCUCUACUCAACCCUUAGCUUUUCUCAAAUCUGAUUCCAAUUCCAGAUUUUUCAGCAACCCUAAUCCUAAUUCUCACCAAUUCACCCCAAAAUCCCACCUUGUUUCUUGCCGCCGUCUCAAUUUCAACACUGGACCAACAAAUUUCCCCCGUGGAACCUACCGGAGAAGUAUCAGCUGCAAUGGAAUUAAAGAUUCAGGUGAGACAACGAAGUCUGCGCCGUCUUUAGACUCCGGCGGCGGCGGUGGAGGUGGAGGAGACGGCGGAGACAGUGGUGAUGAUGGUGAAGGUGAAGUGGAGGAAAAAAACAGGCUUUUACCGGAAUGGCUUGAUUUCACGUCUGAUGAUGCGAAGACUGUGUUCGUGGCUAUUGCUGUGUCCUUGGCGUUUCGAUCUUUUAUCGCUGAACCUAGAUACAUUCCUUCCUUGUCCAUGUAUCCUACUUUUGAUGUUGGAGACAGAUUGGUUGCAGAGAAGGUGAGUUAUUAUUUCAGGAAGCCUUGUGCAAACGAUAUUGUAAUCUUCAAAAGUCCACCAGUUCUACAGGAAGUUGGGUAUACUGAUGCGGAUGUAUUCAUUAAACGGAUUGUUGCGAAAGAAGGCGACGUUGUAGAGGUACAUAAUGGGAAACUGAUGGUUAAUGGUGUUGCUAGAAAUGAAAAAUUCAUCUUAGAGCCUCCUGGUUAUGAAAUGACACCAAUUAGGGUACCGGAAAACUCAGUCUUUGUGAUGGGUGACAACCGGAAUAACAGUUAUGAUUCACACGUCUGGGGUCCUCUGCCUUUGAAGAAUAUUAUUGGGCGGUCAGUUUUUCGGUAUUGGCCACCAAACAGAGUAAACGGGACAGUGCUAGAAGGUGGUUGUGCUGUGGAUAAGCAAUAGAGAAUUGAGACCUUUUGAUUUUUCCUUUCAAACACUUGUGCAGAUAAAACGAAAACCAUGUACCAUUCUAUGAAGGAAAAAAUUGCUCAUUUGAAUAAAAAUUUGCAAAUUUGCAAUGGAAAAA